UGUUUACUCCAUGGCAGCUCUCUCUCAGUAAAGCUGAGACCACCUACCAAUCUGAACCAGCACUUGCUCCUGCAGGCAGAGAAGAAAAUGUUCACGGGAAAUGGGCGGGUUUAUCGUUCCAGGCAGUUGAACCAAAAGCAGAAGAACAGAUUAAGACAAACACAACUAAUACACCUGACCUAGAGGUAAUAUGGAUAAAGCUGGAAUGACUUUGAAGAUCCUCCUCAUCUUCACCCUCUUCCUGAUUUCAGUAGGUGGAGGAGAAUCAGAGAGAGUGACAGGAUAUUCAGGAGGAGGAGUCCUCAUCAAGUGUAGAUAUGAGAGAAGAUACACAUUAAACCCAAAAUACCUCUGUACGGGUCCAUGGCCCUGCAUGACGAAGCCCAUUUGGACAGACGCUAAAAAUGAGUGGAUAAACAGUGGAAGAUUCUCACUGUUUGACGACACCAGAGCUGCACAGUUCUGGGUGAUGAUCAGGGAGCUCACUGUAGAGGAUUCUGGAACGUACCAGUGUGGAGUUCAUAAAUAUUUGGUCAUUGAUGUCUACACACCAGUGGAACUGAAGGUAGAGGAAGAUCCAGACUAUAAGAAGAGCAUCAGUGUGACUGGCCAUGUAGGACGACGCAUCAACAUCAGCUGCAAAUACUCACAAGCCCACAGCAGUUACUCCAAGUUCCUCUGUAGAAUGAUGGACAAUGGUGGCUGUUAUAAAACAUCUGUUGAUGAGAGCAGAAGAUGGAUAAAUGAGGGAAACCUCUCUCUGCAUGAUGACAGAGCAAAGAAGAUCUUCACUGUGGUCAUCAACCGUCUGACUGAGAGAGACUCUGGUGAAUACUGGUGUGGAGCUGAAUCAGACUGGACAUCUGGUCUAUAUCAAAAGGUCUAUAUCACACUGAUCAACCUCAGAGUUACUGAACCACCAGCAACAUCAUCCUCACCAUCACCUUCAAGCUCAACUCUACACAUCACAGAAACAACCUCCUCUACAGCAUCUACAGCUACAAUGAGUCCCUCGUUUAAGACUUCAACAGGUCCAGAUGUUCUACCACAGUCAUCAACACACAUCAGUUCACCAACCACAAAACCAACCACAUCCUCAACAUCCAAACCCUCACCAUCUCCACUGUCUGCUACAGAAUUUCCAGUUUCAUCUGUGGUCACAUGUGUGUCUGUUAUUCUGGCACUUCUUCUGAUUGGACUCUUAUUCUUCAUACUGUUUCUACGAAAUGGAAUCAAGACCCAAGCCUCAACCCAAAGCCAAUCACACAACGGCUUUUCAAACAACCGCAAGAAUUCCCUGGCUGUCUAUGAGGACAUUCAAGACAUUUGUUCUUCAGACACUGGAGUUUUCACAAUCUACUCUACUGCUCGACUACCCACAAACCCCUCAGAACCUUCUCAAACUGUGUAUGAUAACGUCCGGUUACCCUCAAGCUGUGAUUUCUCCAAACCCUUUUAUUCUCAGGUCAUCUACUCCACAGCUCAGUUACCCACAAUUCCCUCUGAUUCCUCAGCAAGUGUCACUCAUCCUUCAGCUGGAAAAUCUGCUGAAGGUCCAACAUACGCAACCGUGAAUUUCAGCAAGUAUGCAUGUAGUUCUACUGAUGCUGUUCCCAUGGCAACCAUCAACAAGGAGAGCGACUCAUGUGACUACGCCACAGUCAAACUUUAGCAGGUUUUUCAUGUUAAACUCAUAUUCUCCUUCAUUUCCACCACAGUGAGAGGGUGUGUUUACUUUUGUUUACUUCUGGAAGUGUGAGAAUGUGUUGAUUUAUUCUGGUUAAUAGGAUGCAUGAAGUGUUUCAAAUGGCACGUUUAUCACUGAGAAAUGAGCCUUUAACUUUGUUUGGCGUGAUGGUUAGUAAAGGGUUAAGUUCUUUUGUUUGGGUUUAUUUAUGUAUGUGAUGUAAACGUACACAACUGUAGUUUUAUUUUUACUCAUUUGUAAACAUAUUUGUGAAGAAAACUGUCUCAUAUGUUCAUUUAUUUAUCAUUUAAA